UCAUGUUGGCCGUGUCUGGUUUCGAACUUCCUAUACAUCUCUAUUAUAAUAGCGCGUCGGGCGUGUUCGCGUGCCUGAUCAAAAUUUAGAAGAAAAGUGAAUUAAAGUGUACUUUUUUUUUAUAACAAAAUGUCACUUCGACGUUUGACGUUGGUCGCCAUCGUUGUGUUCAUCACCUCAGAAACCGUUUCAGGUGAAGGUGUGUUUAAAGCAGUGGGUGAACAAGUUUCUUUUCGUCCAGACAAACCUCUUCCUUCUCCUGUCACCAGCAUUAUCUGGAAACACAUAAACAAUGAUGGAAUUGUUGUCAAGGCGAUUGAAUGGGAUGAAGGAGAAAUUCUAAUCCCGAAUCCGAGAUUCAAAGGAAUCACAACUGUUGAUGAGAAGACUGGACAAAUUAAUAUAACUAAUUUAAAUUACAGCCAUAGUGGAGUUUAUACCAUUGACAUCAACAGUAAAGAGCAGGAACAAAGAUUCACCUUGACUGUUAUGGAGCGGGUCCCCAAACCUGUCAUAGAACGAGAGAUAAUCAAAAAUAACAUUGUAUUUGUGAAUUUAACAUGCAAGUACAAUGAAAUGAUCAUCUGGAAGAAUUCUACUGGACAAAUACUGCCGGGUUUAGCGCUCCAUCCAAAAGGAGAGUUUAUCACAGUUAAAAAAACAGCAAAUCUGAGCAACUUCUACACCUGUACACUGACGAACGCAGUGAGUGAGGAGACCAGUGAUCCGGUCUAUGAGAGAGAUCUGUUUAAAGUUGAAGAUGUGAAGAAAGCAGUGGGUGAUCAAGUAACUUUUUUUGGUCCAGACAAAUUCGUUCCUCCUGUCACCAGCAUUAUCUGGAAACACAGAAACAGUAGUGGAGUUACUGUCAAGGCGAUUGAAUGGGAUGAAGGAGAAAUUCUAAUCCCGAAUCCGAUAUUCAAAGGCAUCACAACUCUUGAUAACAAGACUGGACAAAUUAAUAUAACUAACUUAAAAGUCGAACAUAGUGGAGUUUAUACCAUUAACAUCAACGGUAGAGAGCAGGGACAGAGAUUCAACUUGACUGUUAUGGAGCCUGUCCCUCAACCUGUGAUAAAAAUAGAGAAGAUUGAUAACCCUGAUGUUGUGUAUUUGAGAUGUGAGUACAGUGAACCAAUCAUCUGGAAGAAUUCUACUGGACAAACACUGAAGGGUUCAUCAAUCACUCCAAAAGGAGAGUCCAUCACAGUAAAUAAAAAUGGAACUCCAGAAAACUUCUACACCUGUACACUCGAUAACGGCGCAAGUAAAAAAACCAGUGAUCCGGUCUAUGAGAGAGAUCUGUUUAAAGAUGAACCAGACAGCGGACUUUCGUGGAAGGUGCCUCUUGUCCUUCUAGUCAUCUUAGGCGUCAUCAUUGGCAGCCUCUUUGUCCUGUAUAAACUCAACGCUGGCUUUCAAAAGUUUGUUGAUGACCACUGCCCAUGUAAAAGUCAAUAUUCUCAAGCACAGACAAACAGUAACGGCACCGACCAGGAAAAAGAUAAAAGCAAGCAAGGUAGUCCCCCUCAGAAUUCAGACGGGGCAAACACUGAGGAAGCAUAGGCGCCAUGAUAGAAAUUCUCUGCUUCUGUGAAAGUGCAGAGUUUGGUGAAGACACCAUAACAAAACGACAGAAUGUGGAUUUUUCAUCUUAUCGGCUUGCAAAUUUUCUUUCACAAGGAUGAUAUUUGCUUUUUAAAAAUGAGUAGUAAACUUUGUAUGAUUGACAUUAGUUUGUUAAAAAUUACAAGUUUUGAACUUUUCAUGUUUUCAUAAAUCAAUCCUCAGUUUAAUUGCUACAAUGUAUUCACACUGCAGGGAUUUUUAUUUUCCAAAUCUGAGCUUUUGACUGGAUUGUCUGCACUGUUAUUUGCAAAUCAGUUGGAUCUGUGUGUUGUUUGUGUCAUUUUCAGCAUUUCUGUGUUAUCUGCAUUUGUUGGUUUAGUGAGGAUACAGCUGUAGCAUUUUGACAAAUCUUUGACAUAGAAGUGACUUCCAGAAGCAAGCUGGCAGUAUGAUGAGAACUUAGUGAUAUGUGCAAAUUUGUCCCUUUACACCCCUUUGUAGUAGUUCUUGUGCUAUCCCUUACCCACUUCCUUCUUGGACCUACAAGGACACAAGUUUCCACUGGACAAUAAGGAAAACUGUGGAUUUAAAUGCAGUGGUGACGAGUUAUCGCUGCCUGAUUUGAGAGCAGCAGUCAAAAGGAUUGCGGCGGUGGGGAGAUGAUUUCCCCAUAACACCAUACUAUAUAUAUCAGAUAAUUAAUCAAAUUUGAAUUGGUUGUGGAAAAAAUAAAUAAAUAAAUAAAACAAAAAAACCUGAUGUAGUCAAACAUAGCCAAAGAUCAACAUAGGUGAUUAUUAAAUUUUUUAAAUCUAAAUUAUAUUGAUUCUCACAACUUGCAUGGAAGUGUUUGUAACUAACAUGUAAAUAUGCCUUUAUUUAUGUAGUUUUUUUUUUUUAGGAUGUAACAUAAUUAAACGCAGAGCCUAUUUACACUUACACCUCGUCUACAUUGGGCAUGUCCAUUGAAGCAAGGCUUUGCAGUGGCUUGAGGCUGUCAUCACAGAUUUGGGCGCAUGAUUCAGAUCAGGGUCGUCCUUUAGGCCCUGAUAUACUCACUAAGAAGUUCUCUUUCAUUCUUCGCUUAGGAGUAAAAAGAAGUUCGAAAUACGUGAGCAACGGUAAACUGUUUUGCGAACAUCCUGACGCCGUCCACACUAAUGUGAGCAACGUUGAGAUGAAUAUGUAAAUAUGUGCUGUGCACUUUCCUCUGAAAGACGAACACAAAACAAAAAUGUGAAAACCGUUAAGAAAGCAUCUGAUUAUAGCGAUGUGGAGAUGUUUGCACCAGCUCUGCAAUUCAGCACUUUAAACAAUAAACAGCUUUACAGUAUUAAACAUGAAAACCAGUGUCUGCUGUUUCAAGUAGAAUUACAAGUUCAAUUUCUACUAUAAAGCGAAUCUCCACCGUGUUCAUGUUUUUACUCACGGACGUCUGACCUCGAUGAAGAAGAUUUCCAUGUCAAAGAAGGUGGAGCCUCAGAGCCACACAUACCUAUUACAUCAUUGCCACAGACCAAUGGUAGUUCGAAGGCAUUUACUAGUCAGAGCGAACGUUUCCAGAAAGUCCGUUUUGGCAAGCUGAGUCGAACUCUAGAAACGAACUUCGCUUUGGCUUAAUUUUGUUCGAAAUAACGUCACGCUAGUUCAUUCUUCAGUUUCACUUGAAGUAUGUUGAGGCUUUUAGGGUAGUGCAACUCAGACCCCAAGCUUUAGGAGGCCCUGCGCCGAUUGCUACCGGGAAGGCGAUUGAGAACGGACCGAAUGACAAGGAGGGACCGCUUACUCUAACUCAAACUGGUGCUUGUGAUGGCCCUGGUCCAAAUUCAUUUACAUCCAGUGUGGAUGUAAAUGCUUUUGCUUUUGAUGUGACGUGUGUCCAGUGUAGACAAGGGUGUAUGUGUAAAAUAAAGGGUAGAUUCUAUUUACACUGAGUGUAAAUAGGUGUAUAUACUGUUUGUACCAAGUAGCAACAAAUAGCACUUAGUGACAGUGAUGGUAAGCACAUAAAGUGAAGUAGUUGUAAUAUGCUGUUUGUACUAUUGGUAAAUUGAGUAGUGGUGGGUGGAGUUAGUAAAAUAGGUUUUGUGUUUGCACUCAGUGUAAAUAGACAAUGCCAUAAUUAAAUAUAAAUGUGCUAAAAAAUUGGCAUGGGAAACGGCUCUGAUGCUGAGAAAUAAAACAAUCAAAUCAAAACUUUUGCUUAAAAAUGAUGGUAUACAAUGCAAAACCUUGCUGAUUGCUGUAUUAUUUUGAACGCAUUCUUUCUGAUCCUUACUAUUGAGCCCUGAAUGUUAUUCAGAUGGAAAGUGUAUUAACACAUUCAUUUGUUUUUUCAACAAAGCCAUAUGUAUGCUUUUUAAUUCUAUUAUAAUUUAAAGGAAAACAGGAAAAUGUCAUUUUAGGUCAAGUUGUUGUAGUCUAGUUCAUUUUGGAAUUUUAAGAAGAUUCAGAAGCAUGACUCUAGAAUGAUGAUGUUCAUGUUCCCAUUCAAGGCCUCUGCUUUUUUGAGCCAAGUGGGGAACUCCCACAUUGCUUGGACAUUUGGCUUAGGGUGUGGUUUUGAUUCACGAAUAGCUCACUCAUGAUAUCAUAGUUAUAGUUAAUAGAUCACUGCUUAAGUACACAACUUUUUGUAUCUGUUAUUUUAUUAACAAUAUUCCAAAGUGUAAUAUAUUCUGCUUUUUCACUUUUGUUAAUAAUACAAAGUUUCUGCUUUCAUAUCAUGCGUCUAUUGCAUUUUGAAUGUUAGUUGGGGGAAUCUAAAAGGCAGGAUCUAAACGUGCUCCUGAGGAGCUCAGUUUAGCAGACAGUAGAGGGUGUGGGGGUUGUAGACUUCCUCUUUGUGGUUUGGAAGAUGCAUACAUUUAUUUUGUUUUGAGAUGCACUGUAUUUGAAUAUAUAAAAAUUGCAUCCGUGAAUGGCAUCAAAUCUAUUUUGCUGAGUGUUUCUUCAAAAAAGGAACUGCUGACAAACACUAACCCAACAACUGUUGCUUAAAAGAUAAAAAAAAAGAAUUAAGGAAGUUCUCUGGUCACCAUGCAACAAUGAACUCCUGGAAACUGAUUCUGCUCGGUGUCCAUUGAAUUCUGCAGUUUUGAGCUUUGACCAUCUUCUAUGAAUAGAGUUAAUUUAUUUUACUGUAUUCUUCCAAUGUAUUUAGCCAUGAACCUUUGCCAUUAUUUUAAAAUAAUUUUUUGCUUGUGUGAAUUACCAUUCAGCCUGGUCAUCUUAAUAUAUUAUAUAAUAUUCAAACAUUGUAAGUGGAUUUUGAGUGGGAAAAUGCCUGAUAAUGGGUCAGCUGCAACAACCAGCUAUUAAAUAACAAUGUGUAUUAAGUUUGAAUAAAAUUGCCAUUGAAUGGUGACAAAAGCAA